CAAUCAUUGACAACCAUAGAAAUAAUUGAUGAAGGAUAGGUGCAACAAUUAAAAAAACAGAUAGAAUACAACUUUCUCCAUCCAGAUUUUUUUUUCACUAAGAAAGGCAUAAGGCAUAUAUAUAAUUAUAUCAGAAAGGCACUUCAUUAUACAAUUAUAUCAGAAAGGUACUUUGUUAUUCUAUUUUUGUAGACCCCAAUCGGUGAGUGGCAAAUCCACGCCACCAUGCCUAAUAGAAAUAUUGAACCCUAGCUAAUAAGGGAGAGAAAGAGGACAACCGCCCCUAAAGAGCAUAAAAAUGAAUAGAUGAUCACCACUGAACCUUUUGUUUAAAAAUCUGUUUGAGGAAAAGAAUCUUGUGUGCGGCAUGGCUUUAGGUAUUGUUGACAAGGCAUGGAUGUUGACCCUUCAACAAGAGGAUUUAAAAAAAAAGAAAAAGAAAAAAGAAAAACAAGAGAAAAAUAAGAGGAGGAUAAUACACCACAAAUUAGUCCAUUUAGAAAAGAUUUUGGAUUAUCAAGUGGGUUAGAUUAUUGUAGUGUUUUAGUUGAGAGGUUAUUGGGGCGAUGUGUGGAUUUGAGUGGUUAAAGUAAACCGCAUAAAAUGGAAGCAGACAAAGCUCCCAUGCCCCCAUCUCUUAUAUUAUUAUUAUAUAAUAAUGGAGGGGUUGCUUGUCUCCUGUUGAAUGCUGGUUUUGGUUGAGUACUUUUAAAUCCCCUGGAAAAGAAGGGCCCCAUAGGGCGGGCCAAUGGGAGAUCACAGUCGGUAACAAGGAGUGGAGUAGGAGUCAGUGAUUCCAGUGGCUCCUUCCCAAAGACCCAACUUUUUAUAUUUUUGCCAUCUCUCUCUCUCUCUCUCUCUCUACACACUUUUGAGGCAAGGCUGCAAGGACAAGAUCUUCUCUGCGCUGUGGAUUAGUUUCAGAGGUGAAAUUAUUGCUAGAGAUCAGAGCGGACAAGAACCUAAAGCUGCAGAGCAGAAGAGAGACAAGGAGAAGAAACUGAUGAAUGGUCAAGGUCCAACAUCAGAUUGAUUAAGUUUCACCUUACCAUAGUGUUCACUGCAACAAAGCUGAAGCCCCAACAUCGAAUUCCACCACCUCUCUCUCUCUCUCUCUCUCUCUCUCUCUCUCUUUAUAGAGUUUGGGUCAAGUAAGUUUCCUCUUCUCUGGAGCACAAGAGAAAAUGAGUCCCCCAUGAAGGGAGCAAGAGGCUUGAUGAGGAGCUUGAUCAAUUGAAGUUUUGAAGAUCUAAAGCAUGGGAAGCAUCACUGAUGGGAGUUGAGAAUGUUGUAAGGAGGGAAAAAGUCUCUCAGAUGGCAAGUCAUGGGGUUGGUGAAACUGGGUUUCCAGAAACUGGGCCUUCAAGUCAACCUCUCGGAUAUGGAGCCCAUGCCAUCUCACCUGCCGCCAUGAAUUUUUUUGAUCAAGAUGGAGCUGCUUAUUUUGGAGAGCUGGAAGAGGCUCUCAUGCAAGGAGUUGUUGGCAUUAGAGGCGAUGGAGAAAGAAAAUCCUUCUUCACCACCAGACCCCCAACUCUUGAUAUCUUCCCCUCAUGGCCAAUGAGAUUCCACCAAACUCCCAAGGGGAAUGCACAAUCAGCAGAAAGCACUGAUUCAGGAUCAGCUCACCAUACAAUUUCCCACCUUGAAUCUGCCGAAUCCCCAGGGAGUAGCAGAAUGGCUUCCUCAGAGCUACGGCAGCAGCAGCAGCAGCAGCAAGGGCUGGUGGUGACAAGUGCUUCCCCGAGAAGCAGCACAGGAGAAGCAGUUACUUACCCGCACAGAACCCAAGAGAAGAAGAAAUCAGCUGGUUCCUCUGGGGAGAAAGAUGGCAAGAUACUUGACUCAAAGACACUGAGACGCCUAGCUCAGAAUAGAGAAGCAGCACGUAAAAGCAGACUCAGGAAAAAGGCUUAUGUGCAACAGUUAGAAUCCAGCAGAAUAAAGCUUGCUCAGUUAGAACAGGAUCUUCAGAGAGCGCGCUCGCAGGGUCUCAUCUUAGGGGGAAGUUCUGCAGGUGGAAAUAUCAGCUCUGGUGCGGCGAUAUUUGAUAUGGAAUACGCUCGAUGGUUGGACGAGAACUAUAAACAUAUGACUGAGCUAAGAGGAGUCUUGCAAACCCACCUGACUGAUGGAGAACUGAGAGUCAUAGUAGAUGGAUGUCUUACACAUUACGACGAGAUCUUCCGGCUGAAAGGUAUUGCAGCAAAAUCCGAUGUGUUUCACCUCAUUACUGGGAUGUGGAAGACGCCUGCGGAGCGGUGUUUCCUCUGGAUGGGCGGGUUCAGACCCUCCGAACUCCUCAAGAUAUUAAUACCUCAAUUAGAUCCUCUAACUGACCAACAACUAGUAGGGAUCUGCAACCUGCAGCAGUCGUCACAACAGGCAGAAGAAGCUCUCUCACAGGGCUUAGAGCAGCUCCACCAGUCUCUCUCUGAAACAGUGGCGAGCGGAUCUCUUAUCGAAUGCAUCGACGUCGGCAACUAUAUGGGCCACAUGGCCAUUGCAUUGGAGAAGCUCGCCAACCUCGAGGGGUUUGUGAGACAGGCUGAUAAUUUGAGACAGCAAACUGUUCAUCAGCUGCACCGGAUAUUAACAAUCAGACAAGCCGCGAGGUGUUUAUUAGCAAUUGGGGAGUACCACAGCCGCUUCCGUGCCCUCAGUUCCCUCUGGGCUACACGCCCGCGAGAGACCUUGGUUCCCGACGACAGCAACUGCAAUGCGGCGGCAGAGCUACAAAUAAUUCAUCAACCGGCGCAGAGUCAUUUUUCAGCCUUCUGACUGAGGUAUAUUAGAAGAUAACUAAUUCUCCUCCGCCGCAAAUUUCCUUGAUCAUUUGGGCUCAGAGCGGUGGCGAUCGCAGUUCUAGAAAUUCAAGGGAGAUCCGGAGAAGUUGGAAUGUUAUGUAACAAUCAAUCCCUCGGAUCCAGCAGUAGCCAAGAGAGGGGCUCAGGAGUCAAGUGAGAGGUGAAGAAGAGAAUUAAAGAAUGGCAGGAUAGAUCUGUAUCAGUUUGAACACUUCACUGAUGAAUCAUUAAUGGAUGACUACGUACUCUAUUGCAGUUGCAGUGUAGAUGAGAAUGAACGAAUUUUUUCUAUCAAGUACUACUGCAUUCAUAUGUUUAUUAUCUUCA